AUGCGUGGUUUAGAAGAUAGAGAUGAUGAAUACAAGACAAUGUUAAAUGAGAAGCUUCAAGUUACAGAUGGCAGUGGUUUGAUACAGAGUGGUGUUCCUAACUUUUGUGUUGUUCUUCUAGCACUAAAUGAUCUAGGGUAUAAAGCAAGGGGAAUUCGGUUGGAUUUUGGUGAUCUUGCUUAUCUUUCAUGUGAGAAAAGAAAGUUCUUUGAAACAAUUGGAAUGGAAUUUGGAGUUCCGAGGUUUGGAAAGACUGGAAUCACUGCUGCGUUCUCUGGCCAACCGAGAAGUUCACUUCGCCUAAAUCGGUUCAACAGGAACACCUUAAUCGGACCUAGGGCACGUAAAUUUGAGCAGUCUCCAAUGAUGUCAGUUGAGCCCACGGUCGUCGGCGAGGCGAAAUCAGCCACAGAAGUAACCUAA